AGACAAUGUAUAGUUAACAACUAUGCGAGUGGCAAGGACAAUCAUCGUUAUUUACAAAUACAUAUGCUAGUAACAUGUCGCGUAAAAGUAAUGUCAGUUUCUUGUCCAUUUUUUCGUUGGAAAAUCAGUCAGUCUUGAGCCUUGAUUUAUCUUGUUUAACAUACAAGGACGCGCAUGUAAGGUAGACAGUGUAAUGUGCAAAAUAUAAUUGAGAAAAUAUGAUUUUUAUCAAGGCAAUGAUCCUCAACGGACAAGGGAUUGUAUUUCUUCUUUCCUUUCUAAUAAACACAUUAUUUUGUCAAAGCGAAGAGGCAUCUUGCCAUGGAGCUUUUGAUAUUUAUUUCGUUUUAGAUAGGUCUGGUAGUGUGUAUGAUAACUGGGGAGAGAUCUAUGAGUUUGUGGAGCAGCUCACCAACCGCUUUGUGAGUCCAAAGAUGAGAGUUUCCUUCAUAGUUUUCUCAUCUAGAGCGGAGGUGAUUCUACCACUAACUGGAGACAGGUAUGAAAUAGAGGAAGGCUUGAAAAAGUUAAGUGAAAUCAGACCAGCUGGUGAAACAUACAUGCACGAAGGAAUGAAAGUGGCUUCAGAGCAGAUAAAGGCCCAGGUCACACGGUCAUCCAGCAUCAUCAUCGCUCUGACUGAUGGGAAACUGGAGGUCUAUCCCUAUGAACUGACAGUAGAGGAGGCUAACGCGGCCAGGGAGUUUGGUGCUAGAGUGUACUGUGUCGGUGUGAAGGACUUUGAUGAGAGACAGCUUGUUGACAUUGCAGACAGCAAAGACCAAGUAUUCCCAGUGCUGGCUGGAUUUCAUGCACUCAAAACCAUUGUGAAUUCGAUUUUGAAGAAAUCCUGCACAGAAAUAUUCAGUAUAGAGCCCAGUAAUGUUUGUGUGAACGAAUCUUUUAACAUUGUGCUGAGAGGAUAUGAUUUCACCCGUGGGAGGAGCCAGGAGGGAGUGAUCUGUGUUCUCACAGUCAACCAGAAGACCUACAAUGAGAGCCCUAGUGUGGUGCAGGAUGGCUAUCUGUUGUGUCCAGCACCAGUGCUGCAUGAAGCCGGACAAUCGAUAGAUGUGCUGAUCAGCUUGAACAAGGGUCAGUCCUACAUCUCAAGUCCAUUCACUAUCUACGCUACAGAAUGUUCUGAUGGGACAGUGGUGCUGGUGCUGGUCUUGGUCCUCCUCCUGCUACUGGCUCUGGUUCUGCUGUGGUGGUUCUGGCCGCUCUGCUGCACUAUUGUGAUCAAGGACCCCCCUCCCUGUCGCCCCCCUCCUCCCCCUCCUCCACCAGUACCUGAGCCUGAGGAGGACCCUCUACCCAAGAGGAAGUGGCCCAUGGUGGAUGCAUCCUAUUAUGGGGGAAGAGGUAUCGGAGGAAUGAAACGCAUGGAGGUUCGAUGGGGAGAGAAGGGUUCCACGGAGGAAGGUGCACGGCUAGAGAAAGCUAAGAACGCAGUGGUCACAAUGGUGGAAGAGGAGGUGGAUGAAACCAUUGGAAGAAAACCAAUGCCUCAGAGUCCACACCCCACCUAUCACAUCCCAGAACAGUCCAGAUGGUACACACCCAUCAAGGGGCGUUUUGAUGCUCUAGUAGCAUUACUCAGGCGCCAGUAUGAUCGAGUUGCUGUCAUGAGACCAACAGCAAAGGACAGGGGGCGCUGUAUGAAUUUCACCCGAGUUCCCAAUCAUUAGGUCAAACACACCAUAAUCUGUGGACUAUGAGGCUAUGGAGAGAACAGGAGCCCAUAGCCGUGGGAUGAAUGGGUGCUGAGGGUGCUCUCGGCCCCCUGAAGAAUAGCCGUGGGAUGAAUGGGUGCUGAGGGUGCUCUCGGCCCCCUGAAGAAUAGCCGUGGGAUGAAUGGGUGCUGAGGGUGCUCUCGGCCCCCUGAAGAAUAGCCGUGGGAUGAAUGGGUGCUGAGGGUGCUCUCGGCCCCCUGAAGAAUAGCCGUGGGAUGAAUGGGUGCUGAGGGUGCUCUCGGCCCCCUGAAGAAUAGCCGUGGGAUGAAUGGGUGCUGAGGGUGCUCUCGGCCCCCUGAAGAAUAGCCGUGGGAUGAAUGGGUGCUGAGGGUGCUCUCGGCCCCCUGAAGAAUAGCCGUGGGAUGAAUGGGUGCUGAGGGUGCUCUCGGCCCCCUGAAGAAUAGCCGUGGGAUGAAUGGGUGCUGAGGGUGCUCUCGGCCCCCUGAAGAAUAGCCGUGGGAUGAAUGGGUGCUGAGGGUGCUCUCGGCCCCCUGAAGAAUAGCCGUGGAAUGAAUGGGUGCUGAGG